AUGGCUGAAAGAUUACCUAGGCACUUUAAAUUUAUAAGUAUUUACGUAAAUGCAAUGAACAAGUUACCAUCAGAUGACGAGUUAGAUGCACUUGUACUGGACCACCUUGAAAAUCUGUCUAUCAUACUUGAUCUGAAUCAUCAUUUGGAAGAUUCUUUAAGUGAGGGUAGGCUUUUGUUGGCUAAGACAAGACAUAAUCUUCGAGGAAACAGUUGUUCAGUAUCUGCAACUUCUUAUAAUCUAAAUGAAAUGUCUAGUCGAGGAGCAUCUUUUCGUGCUGCAGUUAUCGAAGAGCCAUUAGAACCUGUUUGUGAUACGAAUUUCAAAACUGUUCGUUUUCAAUUAAUUGAUGAAUUGGCUAGUAACAAGUGGGAUUCUAGCCCAUCAGCUGACCCAAUCCGAUGGUUUUCUGGAGUACUAGUUCCCUCUAGCUUACGUCAUGCACAGUCCUGUUUUCGUCGUGCUGUAAAUUUAUCUCUGGAAUUGGCUAGCCGACGGGCAAAACUUGAGGCAUCUUCUCAACAGAUCAAACAUUUGAUUAAGUUAAGAACGGCGGCUGAUCUAGCCACCUAG